UCGCUCUCAGAGCGCCAGAGCGACCCAACAGAGGAGGAGAAAUAAGAGAAGAGACAAGAAAACAAAGAAAAAGAAAAAGGACGAGAAGAAGAAAAAGGAGAACGAAGAGCUGGAAUAAAAACAAGAGAGACGACGAGGAAAGAAGAGAACAUAACCUUAAAAAGAGAAGAAAGAAAAAGAGAGGGAGAGAGAGACAGACAGAGAGAGAGGGAGAGAGGGAGAAGAAAUGAAAAGGACGACAGACGAUGAGACGGAGAAAAAGACUGAAUAAUUUUAAAAAAGAACAGAGGAUGAUAUAAAAAACAAAGUUGACCUUAAAGAAUGUCAAAUAACACAACAAAAAAAGAAGAACAGGAAGUGACCUGUCAGCCCCUCCCGUCUCCUCCCUCUACUGUUGCCAUGGAGACAGUGAUGUCACCAAAGAGGCAGGACCUAGUCUGCAUCGUGUGCUUCGGUAGCUACGACCUGGCAACCAGGUUGCCACGGCGACUACACUGUGGCCAUGCCUUCUGCCAGGCGUGUUUAAAGAGGCUAGACACGGUGAUCAAUGAACAGGUGUGGAUCCCGUGUCCUCAGUGUCGACAGAAUACACCUCGGCCACGAGGAGGAGCGGCCGGGCUGGACUUGGACUUGGCCUCCUUCCUGGGAAUGAAGGCCCAGCAGACCUCUUCGUGCUCCCUGUCCUCCUGGAGCUCUACCCACAAGGAGGGGGAGGGGCCUGCAGAUGCUGCCUGGGACGGGAAGCUGUGGCUUGGGAAGGAGGUGACAGAUGACGGCUGGUCACACGGAGGUCUGGCUGAGCCUCGGUUCCAUCGUUACGGCAACUGCUGCCUGCCGUCGUCCUAUUGGCUUUGCUGCUGGUUAUGUUGCAGGGGGCGUGGCUAAUACUGACCAAUGAGUGCUUGUUAGUGUUUGUUCGUUUCUGACUGAUGGGAGUUUAAAAAUUGUAAACAUGCAAAUGUGAAGUUUCAUGGAUAAAAUAAUUAGUAACAAAUACUAAAAAAGUAAAAUUAAUAAAGUUGCUUUAUGUUUAAUAUUAUAUUCACUAAAAUAUUGAAGUGUUAAAUAAAUAAGUGUUUUAUUAUUAGAUAACCAUGGGGUGAGCACUUUUACAUACAGUAUCAAAACAGUAAUAACACUCAGUCUAAAGGUACAGUACCAUCAUUAGAUACCUGUACAGGUGAGAAGUAAAAGUACUACAACUGGGUACAUGAGUACUUGUCCUAACAUGAGUACUUGUCCUUACAUCAGUACUUGUCCUAACAUGAGUACUUGUCCUUACAUCAGUACUUGUCCUAACAUCAGUACUUGUCCUUACAUGAGUACUUGUUCUUACAUGAGUACUUGUCCUUACAUGAGUAC